ACUAGUUUAUUACAAGAUGGAAUAUCCAAAUACCCCCUUUAAAAGCGACUUUAACACUGAAAUACUAACGAAAACGCACUGCGAUGACGCUUGUCAAGAGGUUGAUUCAAAUUCUGAUGAGUUGGAGGGUUUGUUGAAAUGGUUGUGUUCAACACCGAAUAUUACUUCUUUAAGGGUUAAUACGCUUACUAACGACGUUGAGGAUGUUUUAAAUGUAAUUAAAACGUAUUUGAAUGAUAAUAAUAUCAAAGUAGAAAUUCAUCCAAUUUUAAAAGAAGUAAUAAUUAUUCAUAAUAUCCCCAUAGAACGCUUAGAUUUAAAUAAAAAAAAACAAGAAGUUAUUAUCGAUGUUCAUUGUGGUGCUUCAGUUUUAAGAGGGGCCCAUAUUUUCGCUCCUGGGGUAAUUGGAAUGCAAAAAGGGGCGCAAUUAAACGAUAAAGUUAGUGUUUACGUGGAUGUUAAUAAAAAGUGUAAAAAAGGAUUUUGUGAUAUUUUUAAUUUAGGUCGAAAAGUGUUUGUUGGAAAUGGUGUUGUUAAAAUGACACGAAAGGAGUUAUUUUGUGAUAAUAAUUCUUUAAAGGGAAUUGCAAUUGAGAUGUUAGCUACUACUUCAGGUUGUCCAACUUUAAAUAUAAACAAUUUACCAACCGGUUCAUGUAUUUUACAAAAUUUGCCAUCGAUAAUUUGCGUUUAUUUAGUUGCGCCUAAACCAAACGAGGUUAUUUUAGAUAUGUGUGCAGCUCCCGGGCAUAAAACAACACAUAUAGCAGCUUUAAUGGAAAAUAAAGGAAUUUUAGUUGCUUUGGAUAAGAUUCAACCGAAAAUUAAUCAACUCGAAAGAAUUCGUGAUGAAUUUAAAGCGAAUUUUAAAGCAUUUCGUGCCGAUUCAACAAAAAUCUUAUUAAAAAUCGAAAACAAUAUGCAUUCUUCAAAUAAUGUUUUAAAUGGACCUCCUUUUUUAAUGGAAAGUUUCGACAGAAUCUUAUUAGACGCUCCUUGCAGCGCUUUGGGGAAACGACCUCAAUUUUUAAACGAUUCUACAGAAAAAAUUAUUCGCAGUUUUGUUCCUUUGCAAAGAAAACUAUUUGAAAAUGCGGUUGCUUUGUUGAAACCCCACGGAACUCUCGUUUAUAGUACUUGUACGAUCACUUUGGGUGAAAAUGAAGGUGUAGUUGCUUGGGCUCUGAAGAAAUUCAAGAAUUUGAAGCUUAUUGAACCCCCGUCCGAAUUGAAAUUGGGCUCAAAAGGAUGGAAAGGAACUGAUUUAAGCGAUAAGCAUUUGAGUUACGUGCAACGAUUUGAUCAUUUAAGUGUAGAUGUAGACUCUGUCGGUUUUUUUGUUGCUUGUUUUAAUAAAAGUUAACAAUAAAAUAGA